AUGUCUAUCGACUUCUCAUUCCCCACUGCCCUUGUGCUCAUUGACAACCAAGCGGCCUUCUCCCAUCCAACGCACUGGGGCACGCAGCGCUCCAACCCGCAGUAUGAAGCCAACCUGCAAGCCCUGCUGGAGGCCUUCCGCAAAGCCAUAAAAACAACGCCAGCAACAUCCUCCGCACGGCUUGAGGUUAUUCACGUUUUCCACUCGUCUCUAUCCGAGACCAGCCCGCUGCACCCAGCACAUCCAGAGCAAGGGAUCCGUCCACUGGACUUUGCGGUACCAGCGCCAGACGGCUCCGAGGCCGUCUUCUGGAAGCACGUCAACUCCUCCUUCAUUGGGACGGGGCUCGAGGCGCACCUCCGCGAGCGGGGGAUCCGCCAGGUCGUCUUCGCGGGGCUGACCACCGACCAUUGCGUGUCGACGACGGUGCGCAUGGCGGCCAAUCUGGGCGUUGUGGACCGGUUCACGGAACCGGUGCAGGUGCGCCCAGAUGGGACGCAUAACAGCCGGGAAGUAGUCGUUGACCAGGGCCGGGUGGUUCUCGUGGCAGACGCGACGGCCACAUGGGCCAAAGACGGGAUCGACGCCGAGACGAUACAUGCGGUCUCCGUGGCGAGCUUGCGGGGGGAGUUUGCAGAUGUGUUGGGUACCGAGGAGAUUGUCAAGGCAUUGAACUAUUAG